GCAUCUAGCGUCCAACAUGAGGGUAUCACCUCAUCGUCGUCCAAUAAUCAGUAGGUUGGCUAAUCACCAGGUAGUAGCGUAACCAGUUGAACCCCUCUCUCCGGGAAACCCUUUAAUCAUAACCGUCUACUACGCCGACCAUUAUAUUCCCCUGCACCUUCCCACACCUUAUUUAAUCCCCUUCUCCUGCGCUUCUCACAGAGACAGUAAUCAGUUCUCAGUACUACUUUUUGACGAGAGAGAGAAGUACCCGGGUGGUUAAAAAUGGAAGGAAGAAAAGUAACGGUUGCUGCUCUUCAAUUCGCUUGUUCCGAUGACGUCUCUUUCAAUGUUUCUACUGCUGAAAGGCUGGUGAGAGCUGCUCAUAAAAAGGGUGCAAACAUCAUUCUUAUCCAGGAACUCUUUGAAGGGUAUUACUUUUGUCAAGCUCAGAGGGAGGAAUUCUUCCAGAGAGCCAAACCAUACAAGGGUCACCCUACAAUUGUGAGGAUGCAGAAACUGGCAAAAGAACUUGGGGUAGUGAUACCAGUUAGCUUCUUUGAAGAGGCGAAUAAUGCGCAUUACAAUUCAGUGGCGGUUAUUGAUGCAGAUGGAACUGAUCUUGGACUUUAUCGCAAGUCUCAUAUACCAGAUGGGCCAGGUUAUGAGGAGAAAUUCUAUUUCAAUCCUGGUGAUACUGGCUUCAAGGUGUUCCAAACUAAAUUUGCCAAAAUUGGUGUGGGUAUCUGUUGGGAUCAGUGGUUUCCUGAGGCAGCCCGAGCAAUGGUACUUCAAGGUGCUGAGGUAUUGUUCUACCCGACAGCAAUCGGAUCUGAACCCCAAGAUGAAGGACUUGAUUCUCGUGAUCAUUGGAAGCGAGUGAUGCAGGGACAUGCAGGUGCUAAUGUGGUACCAUUAGUGGCUUCAAAUCGUAUUGGAAAGGAAACAAUUGAGACUGAGCAUGGUAAAAGUCAGAUUACCUUUUAUGGUAACUCCUUCAUUGCAGGCCCUACUGGAGAGAUUGUUGCCUCUGCUGAUGACAAAGAGGAGGCAGUCAUAGUUGCUGAAUUUGAUUUGGCGAAAAUAAAGUACAAGCGAUGUAGCUGGGGAGUAUUUCGGGAUCGUCGCCCAGAGUUGUACAAGGUGCUCCUAACUCUGGAUGGUGGCAAUACAUCUUAAAUUUCUUGUUUUCAAUUUGCUCAAACUAUAUAUGGAUGCUGUUUUCCCAAAGACGGUGUAGAAUUGCUCAGUUCUGCUAUGCAUCGACUGAGUUGGGAUUUCUGACCGACUUGAACUUCAGACUAACAAAUUCCAAGAUGCUUUAGAAUUGCUAUCUCGUGGCAUUCGUUUGUUUGUUUAAGUCCUUGUUUACAUUAUUGCUGAGCAUAUCAAGCUCUGACUUUAAUAACUUAGAAAUCGGGAAAACUGGUGAUGAUUGCAUUUCUGUAAUACAUUUGUCAAUAUGUGAACUUAUAACUGUUGGGUUUUAGCAAA